AGAAAAUUGGGGGCAAAUGAGACGCUUCGCGCCGAAAAGUCAAACGGGCGCGCUGCCGUGGAGGAAGGGGAAGACAACGAGGAAACGGAGAGAGAGUUCAUCCCCGAUCGAUCGACGGUCGUUCGGACACGGUGACCUCGAUCCUCGAUCCGACGUCUCCUUUCACUCGAGCACUUCUUUCGAGAGCUCUUUCUCGCACCGGCGCUGCCAAGGAACGUGAUUGCAUUCUAUCGCGUUCGCUGGAGUACGCAGGCUCGACGUCGUGUUACCUGCCAGACCGACGUUUAGAUUUCACUUUCAUAAGAUCGGCGGCAGAAAAGUCGACUGAUAUCCGCAUACUCGAACAAGGAUUACACCGCGAGUAUACGAGAGGACGGAUCUGUUUGAUGUAAACGAUGUGGAGCACGAAGGACAUCCUAACGAAGCUGUGUAUCCUGCUGCUUCUUUGCGAACACGCAACGUGCUUCGUUAUUCCGGAGGAAUUGCCCACCAUACUUUCGCUCAUCUACUCCAACAUCCCGCCGAUAAAGAAAGGUACCGACUCGAGGAUAGGCGUUGGUUUCCGGCUUGGCGAACACGCGGACUUCCAGAUGCUGUUUGAGUUGGGACCGCAAACGGAAACCGAGCCCAUUAGCAAUGCCGACUCGAAGAGACGUCGAGACGCGAUGUUCAGCGCCGCGAUGAGAGGAGAGCUCGGAUCGCUGGCUCAGGCAGUGGCCAAGUACCAGUUGGAGCGCAAAUUACAGAAGGAAUUGGAUAGAUCAAAGAAGACGGAGAAGAAGUCAAACGCAGCGGCUACGCCAGCAAACGACGACAAAAACACUGUCGCCAGCGAAUGGCUAACCAAAUGGAGCAAGGAUAUGGGCAAGUCGUCGGAGGAUCGAUCGUCCUCGGAAGACGUUUCGCCUGAGAAGAACGUGUCGACGCCCGCGAAAAUUCAAACCGUACAAAGGAUAAGACAAAGUUCGCAAUCGACUGACAAGAGAAAUACGAUUUCCGACUUGAAGCAAUUGUACAAAUCGCAGAGUGAUACGGAGAUAGAGAAGAGAAUUACCUAAUCGUAAUACGUUAAUCGUUAGUAAGGUACGUUCGUCGUGAAUUUUGUAGAUAGAUCGUUCGUUAACUAUAUAUACGGUGUAAGUAACGAAGCAGGAAAGAAGGCUAAAUCGAUUGAUAUGGUUUUUACGUGCCAAAGAACUUUGAACUUGCUAUUACCAGUUGCAGGGAAAACGUGUCAAACUGUAGAAGCUUUUAUCCUUCCGACGGAUGAUUUGGUAAUAUAGAAAUACCGACGGGACGUGACUUUGUUGUACAAACGAGAAUACGAAAACGAAGCUUCGUUAAAUCGGUUUCGCUACGCGUAACGCCUCCUAUGUGUUCGUUCUUGCGCCGAUUCGACAAAAUUUCAAGUUGUGGUUGUUGUAUAGGGAAUAAGAUUUUAUAUACCAAAUCGUUAUUUGUAUACCGUUCUAUGAAAUUGUGUUUAAAAAACAGAGUGAAAUACUAUAUG